AGCAUUACAGCGUGUAUCUCUUCAAAACACUUCCCUUUGUGACAGAGGGCAUGACUGACACACUGAGUUUCACUGAACACGCUAUGUAGUUAAUGGACGAGAGAUUUGAUGUACACCCUUCAUUUUGAACGGAUUACACCAGAAAAGUACCCAAGUCUCACGCACGGUUAACUUGACAUGUGUCCCAACUACUCGUGCCUGGUGGUCAUCGUUGUGUGUCUCCUUGGAUCAGUUCAGUCUUUGAAGUUCAAGUGCUCGAACACAACGUGUAUAGAGAGAACUUUUGUGUGUGACGGUUUUCAAGACUGCGAUGACAAGAGUGAUGAGAAAAGUUGUUUUGUUUCAGCCAAAACUUUUGGGAUAUUUUCAGCCAAAACUCUUGAGAUAUUCAUGUGCCAGAAUUCCAGCUCUAUUGAUUCGACAUUGGUGUGUAAUGGAGACGACGACUGCGGGGACGGGAGCGAUGAGAGACGAUGUGCCAAAACUCUUGAGAUAUUCAUGUGCCAGAAUUCCAGCUCUAUUGAUUCGACAUUGGUGUGUAAUGGAGACGACGACUGCGGGGACGGGAGCGAUGAGAGACGAUGUGGGUAUUGCACAUCCCCAACAAGUACGAGAACGACAACACCUUCAACGACUGCAAAGCCAACUACAACAACAGUCAUCAAUCCUGCGAACAUCACAGGGAAGUGCAAUCAGACGGACCAGACGUACAUCAGUGGCGAAACAGCAGUAGAGGUCGGUUGUAUCUUUCAGCCUUCCACAAAUCUCGCUGUUACCUGCCAGAAAGGAGAUACCUUGAUCUCACCUUCUGAACCUUCUGACAGAAUACUCUACCAAACUCGACGUCAACCUCACUCUUUUUCUGUUCAGCUGAAAUUUAGGCCAAUCUUGCGCCGCGAUAAAGGUAACUACUCCUGCAAGGCUACAGUGGAUGAGUCAUCUUGGGAGAUAUCCUUCUCCAUCCAGGUGUUUGAAACUCCGACAGUGACGUUGUUCCCGUCUACUCUGUCCCUGCAGGAAGGUGAUCAGAGGAACCUCACCUGCAAGGUUACCAACACAGGUGCUUUGAAGACGAUCCCUGCUAGUCUGGUCUGGUGCCGUCCAGGUGGAUCCAUCAUAGACAAAUCGAAAUUCGUGAGAGUGAGAGAAGGGAUGGAGAGGCUGAUGCUGAAGUCAGCUGACGCAUCUGGAGACUACAUGUGUGGUGUCACCAACUGCUCAGAAACAGCAACGCUGGUUGUCAUCAAGCCAGGAGAAAAGCUGUGCCCUGAAAUCACAGACUCCAGAGGAACAGAGUGGCCUCAGACUGUUGGAAAUACGACCAUGGUGCUGCCCUGUCCUGGGGAAUUUCAAGGUAACGUUCGACGUGUCUGUGACGUCACUGGUGAGUGGGAAGAAGUAAACUACAUAACCUGCGUGAGAGAGGAGAUAGCCCAAUUAGAGGAAGAGGUUGCUUCGAUCACCGAAGGAGCUGUGUCCAGUGAAGCUAUCAAGAAUGUGCUGGAGAAACUGCAGGAGGUUACCAAGGUCAACGACUCCUCUGCAGGGGAUCUCGAAAAAUCUAUUGACCUUGUGGAUACGCUGGCCACUGCAGUGAGCAAAUCAAUUGUAGACGACAUUGCUACCGCACAGUCCUUUGUUAAUGUGGUUGACAACAUCCUGUCUGUUGACACCAGUAAAGAGGACUGGCAGCAAGUUCAGAAAAAAAAUGCAACAAAGGCGUCGUCUUUGAUGAGAGCAGUGACGUCCUUUGGUUUGGCUGCUGCAGCAUCACAGACGGUGAACAAACCUCUGACUAUCAACAGUUCAACCAUGGUGAUAGAAGUUGCAAAGAUUAAGAAACAAGACAUCACAUUUCCUACAGAAAACCUGGAGGGGACGAAGAAUUCUUUAAGACUUUCUCAGGAAAACUAUGAUGCCGAAGAAAAUGUCACUUACGUUGCAGUCUUUUACCAAACUAUGGCCGAGUUUCUACAGAGAAGUACCACCAGUAGAGAUGACAGGUCAACACAGAAAGAAAUACGAUCUCAGAUUCUAUCACUUGCUGUCCACGCUGGCGGUAAAAGACUUGCAGAGCUAAACGUGGAUGUCACGCUUAAUUUCUACCAUGGACAGGUCGACGAUGCAGAACUAGAAUGCGGAUAUUGGAACUUUAAUAAAGGUUCCUGGAGGACGGAUGGGUGCAAGAGAAGUCAAAUAAACAGUUCCUUCUCAAGAUGUGAUUGUGACCACUUGACCAACUUCGGUAUUCUGAUGAGUCCAACACGAGUCGUGUCUGAAGAAAACCUGCGACUCCUGAAGAUCAUCUCCAUAGCGGGCUGUUCCUUGUCUAUCCUGGGCUGCUUGGUGACAGUACUGACACACGUGUGCUUGUGGAGGAGUGUUCGCUCUGCUAAGUCCGUUAUCCUGGUGAACCUUUGUAUGGCGUUGACCUUGGCCUACAGCGUCUUCCUGGCUGGCGUGGAGAGAACAGAAAACAAGGCCGCGUGUACUGCAGUGGCGGCCAUUUUGCACUACUUGUUCUUGGCCAUCUUCUGUCUGAUGUUUGCCCAGGGGAUCGAAAUGGCCAGACAGAUAGUAACUGUGUCUAGGAAGAUUUCAAGACUGGAGGUUGUCCUCGCUCUAUCCUGGGGUGUGCCGGCAGUUAUAGUCGGUAUUACCCUGGGGGUCACCAAGCUGGAGGGAUACGGAAAUGACCAGUUCUGCUGGUUGACUGUGAAGGAUGGGGUUCUGUACGCCCUUGUUGGACCAGCCCUCUUCGUCAUACUUGCUAACACCGUGAUCAUCGUCGUCAUCAUGCGGGUGCUGUUUUCCACCAAAAUGAUGAUCAGAAAAGGAAAUAGAGAGAAGUUCAUGAUAAGUUUUCGGAGCCUUUGUGUUCUGAUGCCUGGUUCUCGGAGUCACGUGGGUGUUUGGUAUUCUGGCAUUUAACGAAGACACAGUCGUCUUUCAAUACCUCUUUGCCAUCUUCAAUUCGUUGCAGGGUUUCCUGAUUUUCGUGAUGCACUGCAUUUUUAACACUAAGAUUCGUGAUGGAUUGAGAACGGUAAUGCAGCGCUACUUAUCCCAGAUAUAUGAGUCCUUUGAG